AUGCCGCCCGUGCGGGCCACGCUGGGCGCGGCCGUGAGAGCCGUGGUGUGCGCCUGGUGUGCGCAGGCGGCGGGCGGCCUCGGGCCCGCAGCGGCUCAGGCGCCGGAGGCCGGACACGGCGAGGGCGCUGCGGAGCUGUGCGCCGUGGGCGCGCUGCUGCUGCGGGACUGCACAGCUUCUGCUUGUGCGGCCUUGUCUUCCUCCGCCAGCGGCUGCUGCUGCGGCCCUUGCGGCGGCCGCGGCGGAGCCAGGCGCACUGCCCUCGGCGACGGGCGCGAGCUCGGAGCUCGUGGUGUGUGCUGA